AUGGAUUUGGUUGAAAGAGUGACAACUUCAAUAUGGCCAGGUACAACACUUUCUUUACUUAAAUUUCCCUUAAUGAAUCCAACACCUCAAAGAAUGGAAAUGAGAAGAAAAAGAUUAAUUAGUUUAAAUUCUUGGAGAAGUAAAGAAGAAUUCGUUCGUAAAUCUUUUUAUGAAAAAACUAGUGAUACGAAAUAUGCUGUUUUGCAAGGAAUUGUUGAAAAUACGUUCAAGGAAAAAGAAGACGAUUUACAACCAAUUUCAACCUCAAAAAUUAUAAAACAAUUUAAUAAUGAAUUAGAUGCAAAUGAGGUAGAAGAAUUGAUUAAUGAAUCCGAAAAAGUGCCUAAUAUGACUUUGAAUGAUAGAGUUUUUAUGAAAGGAUUUUGGUGUUUCGAUACUCCUGGAACUGUGAAUAAACAACAGAUAUUAGAUUUAUUUACUUUGAAAGAAUUAAUUAAUAUAAUUCCUCGUUCAAUAAUUUUGCCACGUAUAUUUAUUCUUUAUCCAAAUGAAAGUUUACUUUUGGGUGGAGUUGGAAGAAUUGAUUUAUUGAGUGAUGACUCAACUGCUAAAAAUAUGCCUAUUUUUUUGACAGUUUUUGCUAGUGAAAAUUUAAAAGUUAAUGUAAUGAGAACAAAUUAUGUUGACACUUUUCUUGAAAGAAAUAGAGGAAAUCCAUCACUUGGUGCGCCUAUCGGAAAUGCUGAAAGAUUAAAUAAAUUCCCAAAGUUGGAAUAUAAAGAUUUUUUAAUUGAAAAUGUUUUUUAUUUGGAAGACGAUGAACGUGGAAUUGCUGAUAUAGUUUUGUCUUCACUUGGUUGGGUACUUGUGACAACUAAAAUGAGCAGUGUUAAUAUACGUGCUUGGACACCUUCCGGCCGUGGUUUAAUAACUCGACAACCUCCAAUCUUGCCCUAUGCUGCUGCUUAUCGUGGAAGAAAAAUUUUUGGAACUUCAACUUUUCAAACUAAAAAAUUGGCAGAAAUUGAAACAUUCUCCCACACCCAACGAAGUGUUAAACCUGGAAAAAUUGUUGGGAAAAAUUAUGAAAUUGAUUCUUCUUAUAAUGAACCAUAUCGUUUUGUUAAUUUUGAUAUAGUUUAA